UUCGUUUUUUUUUUUUUUCUCUCUCUACUGCAAAUGGACAAGACAGUGUGAGCCUUUUAUUGUAAGAUACCAGGCACAUAUACACACACACACACUGCCACCUUAGAACAAUAAGUACCAAAUAGAUCGGAGCAAAGCCAAGAUGAGUAGUUUUAGCCGAGUCAGAUUCCUUCUUAUAUUCUGGAGACAUUGGAUCCUGGAAUUCUGAUUGCAAGAUGUCUGUUACUAAUGUGAUAAUUUAAAUGAUGCAAGUUACCGUUAACCAUCGUCACCGUCAACAUACACACAGUUUGAAUAUUCUUUUAUUAUAUGCCAACUUCAGAGUACAAAAGAAGUAAAUAAUAAUAAUAAUAAUAAUAAUAAUAAUUAGCAAUAACCAAGCCUCAUUGGCUGCAUGGAGGUAUUAGAGAUUUUUAAACAAGCUAUCAAUAUAAUAAAUUUUCCAACCUGAUCCAUCAUCAAUAUGAUUAUUAAAGAAAUCUGCAGGGUAAAAUGGAACUAUUUUUCAACAAAAUCAUAUAUUGAAAACAAAUAAUUUCAAAAGUUAAAAGAUUUUAUUUAAUAAAGAAAACAGAGAAAGGAAACUUAUGAUCUUAAGACAUAACUUUACCAAGAUGAGAAUUCAUUGUCCAUUCCACUUUCAGAUUAUCCCUUUGGGUUCAUGCAGGUCCGGCCAAAAUGUUUGGUUCAUACUCUGAUUUUUCAGGUCUUGAUGUAAGAUCGAUAGCUCCCAUAUACUUCAACAUCAGCAAAAAUAAUAAAAUUGAAGAAAUCUCUUUGAUCUUGUUACCAUGGAUAUGAACCAAAUUGAUACAAGGUUGUUCUCUGAAAUGGAAGAAUCCUCAUUCGAGUCCGUUUCUAUUUAUGAUGAUGCUCCGCAGUUGGUCACCUCUGACACAGACCUGGCAGUUCAGUCAGUAUCCUCCGAUGUAUCAUUAACAAACUUCUUUCAGGAAACGCCAGCAUCAGCUGCAACUGAACUACCAUCAUCCAUAUUGUCAUCAUCAUCGUCAUCAUCAUCAUCAUCUUCAUCUUCCUCGUCAUUAACAACAGCAACACCUUCACUGUCAUUGUCAUCUUCCAACCAACAACCUCAGUCCCAAGCUUCACCUUCUAUUACGAUUGUUGAUGAAGAGCCUCUUGAUACUCUACAAAUUACCUCGGGGACACCUUCUAAGAACACUAAUGCCACUAGUGUUACGUUUUCAAAGCCAGUUCAAAGCAAUGAAAAUCCUUCUGCGUCUCAGCAAAACCUAACCAAUGUUUCCAGUCUUCCGGAUCAACAACAGGUUUACCAUUCCACCGAGGCAACGAAUGUUAUUGCCGAUGUAGCACCUUUACCCUCAGCUGUAAAUGGAGGGAGCAGUCAACCAGAGAAAUCAGAGAAAAACUCCGAACCAUCCCCUGGUGGAGUUUCUCUGUCAAAGAUAGAUAAGCCAUUCAAAUGUGAGUACUGUAAGAAGAUGUUUUCUCAGGCCUGUCACCUUACUCAACACAUUCGAACUCAUACAGGUGAGAGGCCUUUUAAAUGUGACUACUGCCAGAAGGCUUUCACUUUGCGUGGUGACCUCAACCGGCAUAUUCGCAUUCACACAGGAGAGAGACCAUUUCAUUGUCCACAGUGUCCGAAAGCAUUCACGCUCCGUGGUGACCUGACUAGGCAUGUCAAGAUACACUUAGGCACAGAUAAGCUGUUCAAGUGUAACAAAUGUGAGAAGCGCUUUACCAGUCUUCGCACUCUCUCGAUGCAUUGCCGGAAUGUUCAUUUCGAAGAGAAGCGCUAUCGAUGCAAAUACUGUUCUGAUUCGUUUCCUGCUCUGAGUCAUUUAAUAAAACACAUGAGACUCCACUCGCUGAGUCACGGAGAUGUUUCUGCAAACAAGGUGUAUUCCACAGGUGAGGUAGGGUUGAACAAGCCACUGAAGAUUAGAAGAAGCAAUGUAGUUCGCAACUUGGUGAGCAACCAAGCUUUAUCUCAGGAACAGAACAAGAAAGUUCUGCAAAACUCUUCAGCGUGGUUUAACAACCAGUCAAGAGAUUUAACCAAUAGGCAGGGAAGCAAGUAUAACUUGGACAAGUCUCUUGUGCCCACCACUUAUUUUUCAACACCUCAAUGUCGAAACGUCUUAGAUAAAGAACUUAAAAGCAUUUCAAAAAACCAGCACUUAAGCAAUAAAAGUAGCAAACGCUCAUUUGUAGAACAACAAGGUGCUGCAGCUAAAAUGCUCAAGCGGUCCGAAGUUGAAGAAGUGGUCAUUCUUGAUGAUGAUCCAAUAGAAGAUGGCUUAUCAGUCAAUCAAUCCAAAGAUGGGGGUAAAGACAGAUCAAAGGUAUCAGGUGGAAACAGUAAGGUGCAUUUGCCAAUUAAAACAAGUCGCAGUCAGGAACAUGGAAUAAAGAGCGAUUCCAAGAGAUUACUGAUUCACAGUCGAAACUUCUUGAAGUCAAACUAUUCCUCAGCUCCAAAAAAAGACCACGUCCGAAAACAGUUCCAGUUCUUUGUAAAUAACAGUAGGAAUUCCAUUGUUGGAAGAAGUCGGCUAGGUGUUCUUGAUAAGGAUGUACGGACAUCCAGUGAAGGCCGAGUGACAUCAAAAAGCAUUGCAAUACAAACUGAAAGAGAUAUAGAUGAGAAAAAAAUGGAAUUUAUCCGGAACAAUAUUGAAAGUGCUGAUCUGAAACAUGUUGCCGUGCAUUGCCGCACAAAGACUGGUCAGUGGCUAUUUUACUGUGAGAAGUGUAACGAGCUAUCCAUGAAUAUUGACUUCAACACAUUUUCAUUACUGAACUUAGCUCACCCGCCAGAUCCAUUAGGUAACUUAGAUCAUUCUCGUAACCCCGUUUCUACUGCUCCCAAAACAAAUGAAUUGGGGAGAGAGAGGUCUGAUAUCUCGAACUAUGAUACUUUAGAUCUGAACAGUGGGAAAAGUAAUAGCAGGAGAUUAUCAUUAGAAAAGGAACAAACUCGAAUCAAUAACAAGCCAAAUGUUUUGAGCAACCGAAGAAAGAACAACAUGCCAUCAAAGACAUUCUCUUGUGACCAAUGUCCACUGCAGUUCGUUGGAUCUGCUGAACUGGUCAACCACUUGAAAACUCACACAAGCCAGAACAAGCCAGAUAUUUAUUCAUCAAGCAGCAAUUUGACUGAAGCGAUUAAGAAAAACAGAGAACUAAUCCAGAUUCUCAAUGGUUAUUGCGAUCAGUCAGAAUUUGAUGACCAAUUCAUUAACAGAAGUUUGACCUUUGACCUUACAAACUAUCAGAAGUUUUCAUCUGAACUAAAUGAUUCUCAGUUCAGUUCCAGCUUUCCAGAAAACCUUUCCCAUAGUGACCAGUUUGUUAAUCUUGAUAGCUAUUGUGGCAAUAACGAAGACAUGGUACUUCUUGAAGAGAUUUCCACAACUAACACCAACACCACCAACAACAACAACAGCAACAACAAUAACAACAGUAUUGAAAUGAACUCAAUCACAGAUGCUGGUAGUCAAGACAGGCUUGGAGUAAAUUCUAGCAACAAAACCUCAAACACCAUCAGUAACUUUGAUGUAAAAUUGUCCCUAGUAAAUGACUGUUCAGAACUUUCUCAGGGUAACUUCAAAAAUGACAGUGGCACUUUCCUAACUGUAGACAAAUCUCAAGAUCUUUCUCGAAAUGAUAUCCUGGCAUCAAGAAAAGACCAGUGUGAUAAAGACAUCAAUUUCAUGACACACAAUGUAAAUUUUGAUGGCCAAGCAGGAGCAACUUAUUUAGAAGAGAAUGCUUACACAAGCAAUCAGCCAGUGAACCAACGAACCACAACGUCAUCAACAUCAUUAGCAGCAGCAGCACAAAAUGAAAUCAUUAAUGACAUUACUGUAGAUCUGAAUAAAUUUCCAGUGACAAGUGAGUCCAGUACUGACCUGCAGCAAAACUUCUUUUGUAUUGACCAAUCUGAAAGUGACCAAGAUUCACCUCUUGUCAUAACAUCUGUAUCUUCAGGAAACCUUCCUAAUGCAGAAGACUCAGCCAGCUCUGGACAUUCUCUGUACACCUGUGAGUUUUGUAAGGUUAAUUAUUUAACUGUUGACAAUUUCGUUAACCAUAUGUCAGUGCAUGAAGAUAAAAGAUUGUUUAAGUGUAUGAUAUGCCAUAUCUACUUCUCCACUGUUGAUUCAUUCACAACCCACUUCAGAAGACACACACCCAGACCAAAUUUGAAAUCAAACUCUUCUGUUAAAAUUGAUAAUUUGGAGAAAAGUUUCCAGAAGCAAUCAGAAACAAACUUGGAGACUGCAGGCCAACAAAAUUCCCAGAACAAAACCUCCAAACAGUUCAGUAGAGAUGGCUUAUUUCAGUGCAAAAUCUGUAGUAAGCAAUUUGAUAAUCACAGCAGUUUGGAGUCCCAUCUGAAGAACCAUACAGAACAAAGAUCCCUUCCAAGUUCUGAUUUGAUGACAACUUCUAGUUUGAGAAGUAGUAAAGAUUUGAGCCCAGAUAUCCAAAGAUCAGAAGCCUCCUCAGAAAAGGCCCAGUUUCAAUGUGAUCAGUGCUUGUCUACGUUUCAGCAUAAAAAUGAUUUUAUUUCUCAUUUGAAAACCCACAUUGAGAAUUUGGAGUUAGCAUAUAACCAAACUGAGGAGGCAAACAGUUUUCAAAAUGUGGACACUUUGUAUUUCAUUGAGAAAUGUAAAGAAGAAUACACAGAACCUACUCAAACAGAUCCUUUAAACGGUAAAGAGCUCAAACCUACAACAAGUCAAGAGAGUUCUUUGAGUACCACAUCUACUUUAGCUAACAGCGUUUCUGCUACAAACAGCCCUUAUUUGUGCAAUGUUUGUAAUCAGUCAUUUGUUGAGCGUCUGCAUCUUGUUAAGCAUUUAAUCACACACAUUGGAAAUAAACAGGUACUGAACAGCAGUUUAAGAAACCUAGACAGUUCACCAGCGUCUAUUGAAAAUGUAACUCAGGUACAGAACGACAAAUUGUAUAGUUGUAAACACUGCAACAAAGUGUUUACUCAUAUGCACCAACUACUGAAACAUAUGGCUGUGCACAGAAAAACCAAGUCUUUUGUCUGUCGCUUUUGCCAAAAGGAAAUAACUCUCUACAAAGACUUCAUCAACCAUCUGAAAAUUCACACAGGACCUUUGCAAUGUCCUGUCUGUCGAAAGACAUUUUUACAUUCGAGCCUUCUCAAAUCACACGUUCUAACUCACAACAUUGAGAAAGCAUUUGCUUGUCAGUACUGUGAUAAAUCUUUUGCCCAAUCAUGUCACUUAACACAGCACAUACGCACACACACAGGAGAAAAACCAUUUGCCUGUUCAUAUUGCCAUAAAGCCUUCUCGCUACGUGGCGACUUGAAUCGGCACAUUCGUACACACACUGGCGAGAAACCAUACAAAUGCAAUCUGUGCGAGAAAGCUUUUGCAUUAAAGGGAGACUUAACCCGACAUAAAAACACUCACAAAGCUGAAAUCAUAUUAACAUGAUAAACACUUAAUUUUGCUACACCAUACCAUAUAUGGCAGGAAUUUAAAAAAUUUUAUGAAACAAAAAAAAUUUUCCAAUCUAUUUAUUUUUCUUCAAAAAUUUUUUUUUUUUUUCCUUUUCACCAGUUCUUUGUUGCUUGCCAAUUUAGAGCAAGAAAUUAGUUUUUGUAGAUUUCUUGACGGGUAUAUAACAUGACUCUUGUGUUUAGGAAUUGAAACAGUGCUCACUUACUUCUUGGGGAUUAACUCUGUUCAAACCAAAUACAAAGAGGUAAAUUGCAAAUAUAUAUAUAUUUAAACCUUUCA